UUUGAGUUCUCGGUGUCUUCCCUGUAUGUGGCAAGCUACUUGGAUCCCUUGAUGUGUGCCUGAUUCAGCUAUCAAGCAGAGCCUCCUGACUUUCUGCCAUCGGGAAUUUCCCCAACCCCGCUUUGCUGCUGGUCAUAGUCUCAUUAUUGAGGUGUAUCUAAUUUUCUGUUGAAAGUGAUUGCCACAUACCGGAGCAUGACUUUCUCGUUCCUUUGAUUCUUUCGACCCUGUUUUGUGAUUCGCUUCACGUUGUGAAGUUUGGUGUGUACCAGUGAAAAAUCAAACAUCAGCAAAAUGGCAGAAAAACCCGAUCCUGAACUUGAUGAGCUGCUGGACUCUGCCGCCAAGGAUUUUAAGAAACCUGAGGAGCCUUCCACAUCAAAUUUCGAUCCAAGUCAGUUUCUGAAUGCUGAUGGAUCCAUUAAUAUGGAAAAAUGGAAGAGUUUUCAACAAGAGCAAGAAAAAGUAACAGAAGCAUUAUACAAGCAGGCACAGGAGGAAUUUGAAUCUUCUGAUCUUGCUAAAGAACUGACUCAACAGCUCCAGGAUGGUCUAGCUGCUGCUGCUCAGGAACAGGGUCUUACACCAGAAGAUAUUUCCAAUCGGUUGAAAAAUUUGAAACUUUUCUCUGGACAAGCACCACCUGCUGGCGAUGAUUCAAAAGAGAAAGAGUUCUCCGAUGCCAUCAUGGGAGCAAUGCAGAGCCUCAAGGAAAACCUCAGUGAAGCAUUCCCAGCUGCGAGGGAUGGUGAGGAAGGCGAUGGUGACGAUGCUUCAGGGAAUGACAUGGAAAACUUAACAAAUGUGAUGCAACAGAUGAUGCUUGCAUUGCUCUCUAAAGAAAUGUUACUACCUUCCUUCAAAGAGAUGUCUGAGAAAUACCCAGCCUGGUUAGAAGAAAACAAAUCAAAACUGAGUGAAGAGGAUUUGAAGCGGUACACUGCUCAGCUUGAGGUUGUGCAAAAAAUCGUUGCAGAACUUGAAAAAGAAGGUGAAGGAGACAAGGAGCAUCUAGAUCACAUGAUUGAGCUAAUGGGAAAGGCUCAGGAGUUGGGACAGCCACCUCAGGAACUCACUGCACAACUUGGUAAUGCUAUUGAUGAUUCUAAAAUUGAUGCGAUGCUGAAGGACAGUGGAGCUGAUCAGUGCAACAUCAUGUAAGCAGACAUUUUACAAUAAUUCAUGAUGUGAAAACAUUAAGGUAGUGAGCUGGGGACUUUAACAUCAAAAAUCUCUUGUGUUUUCAUUUAUCUGUUUGUUGUUGUUAUUCAUUUUCUAAUUCAGUUUCAUUGAACAUAGAUUGUCAAAUCUCUGUGUUAUCUUUUAAUGGUAGCUGUUCUAGUUUAGUUCAUUUAUGUUUGUUGUUUUGUUUGUUUCCUGUCUUUCUUGUUUUUCUCGUUAUUGGGAAUCCUACCACCCAGCACAUAAGAGAGUGGAGUACUGAGUAUAUCCAACACCUUCUCAACCACCUCACUAGCCCUUUUCAUAAGAGCUUCCAUUGUCCUCUGAGUCAUCUGUGAUCAUUUUUUACUGCAUAUGUUGUGUACUGAAUUUUCCAUGGCCUAAGGUACAUUUUUAUCUUUGAUAUUUCUUUAUGAAUUGCUAAAAUCUUAGAUUGUAUCUCUGCCGACUUUUAAAAUGAGGGUUUUGUCAUCUACUGAAUUCAUUCAGUUAUUGUGGGUGUUGAGUCUUCAACAUUAUUUGAUGUUACUGCAAACAAGAUCUUAUUUAUCAAUAGACAUGAUGUAUCUUAUCAUCUUCAUCCAAUGUUGUAUAAUAUAUGUGAUGAUUUCAUCAAAAUUUACAAUUUAAUUCAGUGCUCAAUGACUUUGGUUUUAAAUAGUGCUCUCUGUUAUUGUUUCAUUUCAAAUGUGCUUCAAUGGUUCUUUGUUUAUACAUUGAAGUGGGUGGACGUCUAAUAUAUUCUACAAUUUUCAUUGUCAAUAUGGUCGGUUGUUUUAUCUUUUGUAAAAGAAUUUAUCUUAUUGGUAAUUCUUUCUCUGGCACUUAUGUGUGUGUGGCUAUUUUUGUUGGAAGCACAGAAUUAAGACUUAUAAAGUGUGGUGCUGUGUGGGUGUUUAAAUCAGCUGUGCUUGGAUUGGAAAAACUUUCUUUGUCAGCAAUAAAAGUAUAAUUUUGCAUGA